CAAAAUGUGUCAGUUUCUUAGAAAGUUUGAUGCUACACACGUCAUUUAUUUACGUAGAAAAAGGGAAUUUCGCGUAGUCACAUAGGGUCAAGUAAAAUGCGGUUGUAAGCUAGUAAAGCACAUGGCAGAGGAGCGUGAGCGACACAUUGUAAGUGUACGCGCACAAUACCAACAAGCUGGUAAACAAGCAACACAACAUCGCCGAAUCUCCUCGCGCUCGGCUCAUACAGCGCUCGUGCGCCGACCGGAGUGCAUCGCGUGCGGUAAUCAUCCAGCGACAACAACAUAAAUCAUCUACGAGGGGUGGUUUUAGUGGACAACGAGUUAAUCGUUUGUUGUCUACGUGGAUAAUUAGAAAAGUGAAAGUGUACAUCAUAAAAUGUAAGCGCUUUUGUAUUUAAUACUGCGCUGUGAAUUAUUUGUGAAAAAUGGCAGAGACGAUUAUUUAUUCGGAAGGCACGACGAUUUUAGCGUCGGUGUGCUCGAUUAUUUUUUGUAUUCUUGGAGUAACUGGUAAUUUUAUAACAAUUUUGGCACUUAUACGAUGCCCAAAACUGCGAGUGCACGCAACGACAGCGUUCAUCAUCAGUUUAUCAUUUUCGGAUUUCCUUUUCUGCGCGUUCAACAUGCCGCUAACAGCGUCCAGAUACAUCCAACGGGAAUGGACGCUCGGCGAUACGCUGUGCAAAAUCUUUCCGGUUUUGUUCUACGGAAACGUCGCCGUUUCCGUGCUCAACAUGGUCGCAAUCACAAUCAACAGAUAUAUAAUCAUCACACAUAAUGCAGUCUAUGCGAAAUUAUACACAAAAACGAGCAUAUUCUCGCAGCUGUUCAUAAUCUGGGCGCUUUCUUUCCUUAUAAUGCUACCACCGUUAUUGGGAGUCUGGGGUACCGUGGGUCAGAACAACGAUACAUUUUCAUGCACGAUUCUCGAGAAAGACGGCCGCUCACCGAAGAAGAUGAUCUUCCUCGUCGGUUUCUUCCUGCCUGUGUGCAUCAUAACCAUCUGCUACGCCACAAUCUACUACAAUGUGCGCAAAAGUCGCUUGAAACUCGCUGUUCACAGAAUGAAAAGUGAUAAUCGAAGCAGAAGACGUGAACGAGAUGAUCGCCGCUUGACGAAUCUGAUGUUUAUAAUCUUCAUUAGUUUUGUGCUGUGUUUUCUGCCGUUGACAUUCGUGAAUGUCUUUGAGAAGACAAUAAACAUCCCUCCAGCAGUACAUGUGAUCUCCUCGAUAUUGGAAUGGAUGUCCAGUGUGAUAAAUCCGUUGAUUUAUGCUGUGAGCAAUCGGCAAUACCGUGAAGCAUAUGCGAAAUUGUUCAAUCUUAUGAAGACCAAGAUGACCUACACUGAAUCCAAACAGAAUUCCAGACCUUCCGUUAGUGAUCUACCUUUGAAGGGAUCAAUCAUCAAAAAUGUUCCGUGAUUGACCAUUUUUAUGAAAACAACCAGUAAAUUAUUGUGAUUUUAUAUAAGAUAUGAAGUUCUUGCCUCUGGGUCAUAAUUUAAUUGUAAUAAGGUGUAGAAUGUAAGCUUUGUUAUCGUUUACCAAAUGAAGAGUGGAAAUAAAUUUAGUUUUGUAUAA